AUGUACCUUACGCGAUUUACUCGGCUGGUUGUGCAAGGAAAUUACAAAAAUGGUACAUUUAUAUCAAAGAGAACAGCAACGACAACACCGAGCGGAGCUAUACUUCCAGAACCCGAAAAGACUCCUUUUGGUAUUUUAAGUGUGGUGGGCGCGGUGAUCCCUGGACUUCUUAUUGGCGCAGCUAUAAGUAAAAAUAUUGCAAACUUCUUAGAAGAAAAUGAAUUAUUUGUUCCUUCCGAUGACGAUGAUGACGACGAUUAG